AUGGAUAGUCUUCACAAUGAGCAUGAAACGAAAGUUGAGCAAGAUCAAGGCAGAGGAAGCGUCCCGCCGGGUUACAUAAAUGAGCUGCCAGAAUUUCCAGCGAUGCAGGAUCUGGGUCAGCAGCCGCUGCCCCCGAGCGAGGCACACGUCUUGGCCGUUGAACCAUUCCAGCCACUCGUCGAAGAGUUGAAGCGGCUAAAUCAGGACGACCCGCAACUCGCGCACCAGGCUGCACAAAUCGUGAGGCUUUACCGACGGCUGUAUGAGUCCUAUGCUGCAAGAAAGUCUGAGAGCCAACGUCUUGAGAAGGCGAAUGGGGAACUCCGCACGGCACACCUCCAAUUAUGCCAAGAGAGUGAAUACUUGAAGGGUCGAUACGCCGAACAGGAAGAAGAACUGGCCUAUUUUGAACAAGCCUUUGACAAACUCAGCGGAGGUAUCGGGAGCCUCCUAGCGGACUCAGAGGGCUGCUUUUCAGAACCGAUGUAUGAGGCAGCUAGCAAAGUAAAUGGAGGCUCCUUAAACUGUCAUAUUGAAGCUUUUAAGUAA